GGAUCUUCCAAGAUCCUGCUAGGUUUUAUUUUUGGAAGAUUAGAAGAAACGCAAGAGAUUUUUUGGUUAAUUGGGAUACCUGCAUUGAUCGAAUUUGAAAUGGAAUAAAGCGGUGUAGUAAUCGUGGGGUGGGGGAUGUGGAGGAGAUCGGAGAUUGCUGGAAAUGUGCAGUGUUGAAGGGAAAGUGAGGAAGGGAGGGAUGAGAAUGGGGAUAAUGAAAAGCGGAGGGGAGAGAGUCGAAAAGCUGAAGAGCUCGAGAAUGAAGCUGUGGAUGAUACGCGCCACCGCAUCGGUGUUGCUUUGGACUUGCAUCGUACAAUUAACGGCGGUAGGGGAGACGUGGGGACCACGCGUCCUUAAAGGAUGGCCUUCCUGUUUCACUCACCAGGAUUCAUCCUUCUCUGUCAUUGAAGACAAAGUCCCCUCCGUUCCUGCUCGUGUACUUCCUCCCAAAAGGGUAUACAAGAACAAUGGUUACUUGAUGGUUUCAUGUAAUGGAGGUCUCAAUCAAAUGCGAGCAGCUAUUUGUGAUAUGGUUACCAUUGCAAGAUAUUUGAAUGUCACACUUAUAGUUCCGGAGCUGGAUAAAUCAUCCUUCUGGGCUGAUCCCAGUGAAUUUCAAGAUAUAUUUGAUGUGGAGCAUUUUAUUACCUCAUUGAGAGAUGAAGUUCGUAUAUUGAAGGAGCUGCCUCCUAGGCUUAAGAGGAGAGUUGAAAUGGGGAUGGUGUAUUCCAUGCCACCAAUUAGCUGGUCUGAUAUAUCCUACUACCGUAACCAGAUUCUUCCUCUGAUACAGAAGCAUAAAGUAGUACAUCUGAAUAGAACUGAUACUCGACUUGCCAACAAUGGGCAGCCUUUAGAUGUUCAGAAGCUGCGAUGUCGUGUAAAUUUUAGUGCUUUGAGAUUCACUUCUCAGAUAGAGAACUUAGGCAAACGAGUUAUUAAGCUUCUGAGGCAAAAUGGUCCUUUUAUAGUACUUCAUCUCAGAUAUGAAAUGGACAUGUUGGCAUUUUCAGGCUGUACCCAAGGUUGCAACAAUGAGGAGGUGGAGGAGUUGACAAGAAUGAGAUAUGCUUAUCCCUGGUGGAAAGAAAAAAUAAUAAAUUCUGACUUGAAAAGGAAGGAUGGUUUGUGCCCUUUGACGCCUGAGGAAACUGCCCUCAUAUUGAGGGCGCUGGACAUUGAUAAUAGUUAUCAAAUCUAUAUUGCAGCUGGUGAAAUAUAUGGUGGAAAUCGGAGAAUGGCAAGUCUUGCUGCUUCUUAUCCCAGAUUGGUUAGAAAGGAGACUCUAUUGGAGCCAUCAGACCUUGGGUUUUUUCAAAAUCAUUCGUCCCAGAUGGCAGCAUUAGAUUAUCUUGUUUCAUUGGAGAGUGAUAUUUUCAUUCCUACAUAUGAUGGAAACAUGGCUAAAGUUGUUGAAGGCCAUCGCAGAUUUCUGGGGUACAAGCAUACAAUUCUAUUGGACAGAAGGCUUUUAGUUGAUCUGAUAGAUCAGUACAAUAGUGGAUCCCUAACUUGGAAUGAGUUCUCAAAUGUUGUGAAAGAAUCUCAUGCAAGUCACAAGGGGCAACCGACACGACGAUCGGUGAUUCCUGACAGGCCUAAAGAAGAGGACUACUUCUAUGCCAACCCAGAAGAAUGCUUGCAACCAUCAUAUGGUCAACUGCGUAGCACGUGAAGACGAAACCUAAAGGUAGUUUCUCUAUACAACUAUGACUACAAAGAAGGUUUUUCUUCCUAGGAUUCAGUUCCGUAGAUCCGUAGCGCAUUAAAACUUGAAGAAAGCCUGAGAGGGUCUGGUGAAGUAUUUGGUGGACACAACUUUUAAUAUAUCCAAAUAACAAGAAGCAUGUAUAGAAAGAGCUGUCCUGCGGUUAUUGGUUAUAUCAGAUCAAAAUGCGUUGGACACGAGGGAUUCAAGUAUAAAUUUAGAAUUAUCAAGACUGGAUCAGAAGGUUAAUCCCUUACUGCUUUCGUCGUGCAUUUUUCUUUUAGAUUGCUUUGCGAUCUAGUUAGUAUUCUAGCACAUAUAAAUUCUAGGAUUCAUGAUGUCACAACCUACACAGACACCAUUGUACUUGUUUCUGGUAUGGCCUCAUGAAUGGUUGAAAGCAUUGAAUAUCAACUUUACUACAACUUUUAUCAUGUAAAUUGAAUGGCCGGAACUCAACAUUUCGAGUCGAGUAACUUGGUUUUGCCUUUCAUUUGGGAAAAGUAUGGUCCCCUUUUCUUAUCAAGUAGGAUAUUUGUC